CCCCCCCCUCGGCAGCCAUUUUGUGUUCGCUGGAAGGUGGCGGAGAACGGGUCGGGCUCCGGAUCUGAGUUGUGUUGUGUCUCAUGGUGGAACAGAGCGUGCACGGCCAAGAGCAUUAGUUGAAGAUGAGCGGUGCAAACAGCACGCCCCUCGGGAGAAUGAAUCCCGCCAUCGGGGCCGGGAAAAAGCCAACUGUGACCGGAGGUUCCUCGCUCCUCAAGCCCUCGUACAUGAGCACUCUGCCCAGUGCGGCUUCGGUUGGCUCCUCUACUGCAGCAGCCGCCGCCGCCGCCGCCGCCGCAGCUGCCGCAGCAACGGCGGCCAUAAACCAGAAUGCAGCCAAACGAGAGAGCGAGUCCAGCUACGACAGUGAGCGAGAGGAGAGAAAGAGAAGAAGGAAAUCACGCUGGCAGGGAGAUGAGAAGGACAAAACAUUCAUUCCAGGCAUGCCAACUGUGCUCCCCAGCAAUAUGUCGAAGGAUCAGGAGGAAGCAUAUUUACUGCAGCUGCAGAUUGAAGAAUUAAGUCGCCGUCUUCGCUCCAACGAUCUGGGCAUCUCACCUAAUCCUGAAGACAGGUCUCCAUCACCUGAGCCAAUUUACAACAAUGAGGGAAAGAGGCUAAACACCAGAGAAUACAGGACUCGUAAAAAGCUGGAAGAUGAUCGCCACACUUGCAUACAGAGAAUGAUGAAGAUUAACACAGACUACAAACCGCCUGCUGACUACAAGCCACCUGUCGUUAAAGUGUCUGACAAAGUGAUGAUUCCCCAAGAAGAACACCCAGACAUUAAUUUUGUUGGCCUUCUGAUUGGUCCUCGUGGAAAUACACUCAAAGCCAUGGAGAAAGACACAGGUGCAAAGAUAAUAAUUAGAGGCAAAGGAUCAGUUAAGGAAGGCAAGGUUGGCCGUAAAGAUGGAGGUCCAAUGCCUGGUGAGGAUGAGCCUCUCCAUGCCUAUGUAACUGCCAGUAACCCUGAGAGUGUCAAGAAAGCUGUUGAUAAAAUCAAGGAAAUAAUUCGACAAGGUGUUGAAGUCCCAGAAGGUCAGAAUGAUUUGAGGAGGAUGCAGUUAAGAGAGCUUGCUCUCCUAAAUGGUACUCUUCGUGAAAAUGACGGACCAAGAUGCUCAAACUGUGGUUCAAAUGCUCACAAGUCCUGGCAGUGCCCUGACAAACCUAAUGUUACAAAUAAUGUAGUUUGCACAAGCUGUGGAGGAACUGGGCAUAUUGCUAGAGAUUGUCGGCAACGACGUGGGCCUGGAGCUCCUGCAACUGUAGAUCGGCAAAAGAUUGAUGAAGAGUACAUGUCCCUAAUGGCUGAGUUAGGUGAAGGUCCCCCUCCACCUCAAAAUACUGAGCUCACUACUAAGAGGCCAGCAGCUGUUCCAACAACUAGAAGUCUCUUUGAUCGACCACAAGGAGCACCAAGGCCUCUGAUGGCUCCCCCACCUCGUUCUGAACCUCAGGCUACUCCAAACAAUCAGUUUGCUGCCAAUAGUCAGAACCAAGGUAACAUGAAUCAGCAGAAUUCUUGGAAUUCCAAUCAAAUGGGACAGGGAGCUCCAAGACCAUUGUUAGGAAACAGCAAUGGACCUCCCAAUUUAAAUCAGCCACCACCAGGAAUGCCAUGGCAGCAGCAGCAACAGCAACAGCAGCAGCAACAGCCUCAACAGCAGCAAGCUCCUAAUUCCUUCCCAGGAGUACCACCACCCAAUCUCCUUCAAGCACCACCUCCACCACCACCACCUACUACACAGAAUGGCCAGCAACAGCAGCAGCAACCAAGUUGGAUGAGUCAAGCUCCACCAGGUCCCCCAGGUGCUCCACAGGGACCUCAGGGUCCACCUGGAGGUCAUGGUGGCCCCCACGGAGGUCCACAUGGAGGACCACCACAUGGUCCCCCUCCUCAAAUGAACCAUUGGCAAGGACCCCCUCCAGGACCUCAUCAUGGUCCACCAGGAAUGGGUUGUCCUCCACCAGGACCUGUGCCACCACCUCGUCCUGUUGGACCCCCUCCUGGCUGGGGCUGGAAUGGUCCACCACAGCCAGUGGGUCCUCCACCGCCACCUCCUCCAGGUGGCCCAGGAGGACCUGGCCCCCGUGGACCAGGUGGUGUAGACCUAGGAUCCCUCUUGUCAGCACCACCCCCACCACCACCAUCAUAGAUUUUGUAUCCUAACAGCAGUACAAAUGCUCUACCACUAAAGAAUGCAUACCCCAGGAACCCAUACCCUCAGGGCUACUGAUUGAUGCGUAUGUGUACAACUUAGUGUUUUGGAGUUUUUUGCUCUUUAUAAUUUACAGCUUCAUUCCAUUGUAGGAGAAGCAACAUCAGCUUCUAGAGGUAACUUCUACAUUGCAGGAUUUUUUCCAAAUUCUUAAAAGUGGAUGCUUCUACUGUGGAAGGUGGACAUUUUAAUUGUACAAAGACUUGCUUUGAAUGAAUGCUUAUCCAAAGAUCUUUAGUUUACUUGUACGAAAGGAUCUUUAUUCUGAAUUUAUUAUGUCUGACAUGAAAUGCAGCUUCAUUUUAGAUAUAGAUUGGACAACUCUACAAGGCAUUGAAUUUGUAGAAUACAUGACUUGUCUAUUAUUAUUAUUUUAAAAUUAUUUUCUCCUUAGUGUUCUUUUAGAAAACUGAACCAGAACUAUAUGUAUAUGUAAGAUUGUAAUGCCAGUUGAAUGAAGAUAAGAUAAGAUUAUUAUAAUUAUUUAUUAUCAUGGUUAUGUCUGUUAUUAACAUUAUCACUAUUAAUGUGAAAUUGUGUUAGUAUUCUUUAUUUAAUUAUUGAUUGAAACUGCCAUUUUCUUAACAGGUGAAUCAUGAUAGGGAUCAGUUUUGAUAAUUUUGUUGCAUGGAAUCAAUCUUGUCAAUUGAUGUUAUUUUUUAUAUAUUUGUCACUCAACAUGGCAUUGCAGCUGUUCUUGUAAUCAGUGUGUGGCAUUGCCAUGAAAAAAAGGAAAAAUAUGGCACCUGAUAGUGUGUAUAUCUGUGAAUAACCAAGGGAAUGCAAAAUAUGAUUUUUGCACUGAAAAAGAAGUUAUUAAGUUGAUAGGAAUAUUUUAGUAAAUUGGAAAAGAGAAA